AUGUACUCAAGAGUUUCGAGUCGACGUUUUCGCCGGCUCGCCCCGUUGAAAGUGGGUCGAAGUGGAGAUGUUGAAUCGAUUAUGAGAGAUGAUGAUUUGGCAGCUGCCGAAUAUUUGAGAUGGGCCGGCGAUGACGAGGAGAUCUGCGAGAAUUGCUCAACGGGCUGCUGUUCCUCGAAUCCUCAAUCUCAACCGGGCAAAGAUCUCCCGCCGAUUCAUCCGUUACAGGUGAUUUGCUGUUCCCGGGUCGGUCGUCUCUGCAUAUUUUUGAUGAUCAUUCUCGCAUUUUAUCUCUUUUAUCUAGCUCUCAUUCAAUCAGACCCAUCUCGAAGUGUGAAUGGAUUUGGUGAAGUUCCGUCGCCGAAGAUUUCAUUUAACGCGUCAAGACCAAUCGAGAUUUUGUCGACUCUUUGUGCAGCUUAUUCACGGCACGAGGUGUCCGGUGAUGCUUGUAUGAGGCUUUGUUUCAAGGACAAAUGGGAAGUCACGGAGUUUUAUGAAGGAAACAAGGUGGUGAUCGUUGUGAAAGACGGUGGACAACAAGCUGUUUUCAAGAGCUCUCAUCCAUUCAUCGACGAUUUUCGCCCGGUGGCAAGCGAUGAAAAUGAGGAUGCUUUCACGGAUCAUGUACUUGAUCGUGUGAACGAUUUGUUGAGACUUGGAUGGCCAUCACAUUAUAAGAGACACCUUGUAGAGACUGUUUGGCCGUCUUUGUUGCGAACCCCCGGCCAGCCACUCACAAAAGCCGAUCGAACUUCAUUGGCCGCUUUGUUACAACAAGAAGAGUACAUCACUUUCCGUGUAAUUCCUUUGUCAAGGGUUACACCAAAGGUGAUCGGCACUUGUGGUCAUUUCUAUCAAACGGAGACUUUAGUCGCUUUUCGAAUGAAGGGAUAUUACAUGAAUUUGAAGGGAAAGAUCCUCGUUCAUCUGAUGGGUACUCUGAAGUUAUUCUACGAGUUUUUAAACGAACCCCUUCAAUGGUGUGAUGCUCGAUUUGACAAUCUUGGAUUAUCGGCUGAUUAUCCAAAAAGAUUCGUUAUUAUGGACGGUGACCUUUUGUACACGGAAUCUCGGCUGAACGCGCUUUUCCACCAAAAGCCUUGUGCCAGUGAUGAGGAUUGUGUGAUUGGUGAUUGCAAGGCUCGUUGUACAGCCGACAUGGUAUGCGGGAAUCGGAUGAACGAGAAUUUGGAUGUAUUCUGUGAGAAGCUGGUCAAUCCAAUGUUUGGCUCAAGUUGGUCCAAGGGGAACAAAUACCUGGCCGCUUGUCAUGACAGUACGACAAAUUUCACGAAAAAGCUCAACGAGUUACGCCUUACAUGGAGUUGGUCUUUGUCUGAAGUA